AUGCCUCGAAACGCAAAGACCGCAAAAGCAAAAACCCGAACCCGCAGUGGCUGCCUGCGAUGUCGCUCGCGUCGUCGGAAGUGCGAUGGAACACAUCCCCGAUGCAGGAACUGUGAAUCCAGGGGAUAUACUUGCCAAUGGGGACUGAAGGUGUCGUUUCACCGGUCGCGCAACUUCAGUCUCUCGCAGGAUGAAGCAGUGGCGUUGAUGGAGGUGGAGGAGGGGAGGCCAUGUCGAUCAUCCGUGAUUGUGGAUGAAACGGGUGAGGUUAUUCGUAGCUAUACUGGUGCCGACAAGGAAGAGCAACCCGACACAAACAUGCCCAUUCUAUCGCCUGAUCUAUCUCAAUCAGCUCCAUCAGCUGCAUCGCCGUCUCCAAUCGAUCUCAAUCUCAUCCUCCCCUCCACCGGUCCCUCAGAUCCAUACAUCCCCCCCUUCUCCCUCGGCCAAGCCAUCUCCAAAACCGCCUCUCCACCCCCAUCUCCCUCUCCCUCCCCCGUAUCCGAACUCCAAAAAGCCCAUCUGAUCUCCUCCUAUCUCGAGGAAACUGGAACCUGGUGCGAAACCACCGAUUCGGAUCGGCAAUUCACCAUCCACAGCGUGCGGGCCAUGAUGGAGUCGCCUGCCUUUGUGGCGGCCGCCAUGUCGCUUGCGUCACGGCAGCUAGACCAUAUUAAUCGGCGUCAUCGACCGGUGACGCUUGAGCUGUAUCAGUAUGUGAUUCAAUUGCUGAUUCGGCAGGACCCGGUGGAGGCGGAUGCGUCGGUGUUGGCGACGUGUACGUUGCUGUGUGUGUAUGAGAUGAUGGCGUCGAGUGUGGAGGAGUGGAGGAGGCAUUUACAGGGUUGUGCUGGACUGCUUCGAGCAAAGAAAUGGAAUGGAUCGAGCGCUGGAAUUGUCAAGUCCUGUUUUUGGGCGUUUGCUCGGAUCGACGUCUGGGCUGCCUUUACCAGCGGAAAGACAACAUUAAUUCCGACUGAUUUCUGGGUUGACGAUCAAUCGAUUGGAUCUGCAUCUGCCAGAGGGAAUAUCGACGAUUACUGCAAUCUGGCUAUUCUCAUAUUCGCAGAGAUUGUCAAUGUCCUCGCAACCCAUCAGGGUACAUCAGCCAGGCUGAAGCUGUGGGAACAGCUGCAAGAAUGGCGUCGACUGCGUCCAAAGGAAGCAUAUCCUCUGCUGACCAGUUCAACCACACUGUCUACCCCUUUUCCGAGUGUUGUUUAUACGACGUCAUCUGCGAUCUGUGGAAAUACAUUCUAUCAUACUGGGUGUAUCUUGCUCCUGCAAACAGGAAUCAACGAUAGCAUUAAAGACGAAACAGACGAUCCCAUCUGGCAUGCCAGAGAAGUAACCGGCAUCUCCAUGUCGAAUACAUCACACGCAAAUUGGGUUAACCAACUCCAACCCUUGUAUCUCGCAGGAACCCUCUUUACCAAAACCGACAGCAGUGAUAUACUCGAGGAAUACGCAGCUGAAAAAAUUCUCCUCUUGAAGCAUCUCACUCGCAUCGAACGGGAAACAGGAUGGAAGACUUCUGAUCGAGCCGGUGAAUUGAGAGGGUUAUGGGGAUUUGAAUGA